GAUGAGCUUUCCAAGGUCCAAUUCCCUCUGUGCUCAUCCCACCCCGGCAGCCUCUGGAAUCUCAGCCCAGGAUCCCAUUCCCAGGCCGGGCUGAUCCCGGUGGGAGGCGCCCCAGGGAUUUGACUCCCGUUUUCCUGGGGUUUUCCCGGGCUUUGGGAACGUUUUCCCGAGGUUUUCCCGGGGUUUGGGAACGUUUUCCAAGGUUUUCCCGGGCUUUGGGAAUGUUUUCCCGGGGUUUUCCUGGUUUUUGGGAAUGUUUUCCUGGGGUUUGGAAAGGUUUUUCUUGGGGUUUGGGAAGAUUUUUCCGGGGUUUUCCUGUGGUCUGGGAAUGUUUUCCUGGGGUUUUGGGAAGGUUUUCCCGGGGUUUGGGAACGUUUUCCGAGGUUUCCCUGGGGUUUGGGAACAUUUUCCUGGGGUUUUCCCAGGGUUUGGGAAGGUUUUCCCAAGGUUUUCCCAGGUUUUGGAAACUUUUCCCGGGGUUUGGGAAGGUUUUUCCAGGGUUUUCCCGGGGUCUGGGAACAUUUUCCGAGGUUUUCCCAGGUUUUGGGAAUGUUUUCCAGGGGUUUGGGAACGUUUUCCCAGGUUUUCCCAGGCUUUGGGAAGAUUUUUCCAGGGUUUUCCUGGGCUUUGGGAACAUUUUCCGAGGUUUUCCUGGGGUUUGGGAACAUUUUCCAGGGUUUUCCUGGGUUUUGGGAAUGUUUUCCUGGGGUUUGGGAAGGUUUUUCCGGGGUUUUCCCGGGAUUUGGGAAGGUUUUCCCGGGGUCUGGGAACGUUUUCCGAGGUUUUCCUGGGUUUUGGGAAGGUUUUUCUUGGGGUUUGGAAAGUUUUUUCCAGGGUUUUCCCGGGAUUUGGGAAGGUUUUCCCAGGGUCUGGGAACGUUUUCUGAGGUCUUCCUGGGGUUUGGGAAUGUUUUCCCAGGGUUUGGGAAGGUUUUUCCUGGGGUUUGGGAAGAUUUUUCCAGGGUUUUCCCAGGGUUUGGGAAGGUUUUCUCGGGGUCUGGGAACGUUUUCUGAGGUUUUCCUGGGGUUUGGGAAUGUUUUCCCGGGGUUUGGGAAGGUUUUCCUGGGGUUUGGGAAGAUUUUUCCAGGGUUUUCCUGGUGUUUGGGAACGUUUCCCGAGGUUUUCCCAGGGUUUGGGAAGGUUUUCCCGGGGUUUGGAAAGGUUUUUCCUGGGGUUUGGGAAGAUUUUCCCAGGGUUUUCCCAGGGUUUGGGAAUGUUUUCCCAGGGUUUGGGAAGGUUUUCCCAGGGUUUGGGAAGGUUUUCCUGGGGUUUGGGAAUGUUUUCCUGGGGUUUGGGAAGGUUUUUCCCAGGGUUUGGGAAGGUUUUCCUGGUGUUUGAGAACAUUUCCCAAGGUUUUCCCAAGUUUUGGGAAGGUUUUCCCGAGGUUUUCCUGGGGUUUGGGAAGGUUUUUCCCAGGUGUUGGGAAUGUUUUCCCAGGGUUUGGGAACAUUUCCCAAGGUUUUCCCAGGGUUUGGGGAAUGUUUUCCCAGUGUCUGGGAACAUUUCCCAAGGUUUUCCCAGGGUUUGGGAAGGUUUUCCCGGGGUUUGGGAAGGUUUUCCUGGGGUUUGGGAAGAUUUUUCCGGGGUUUUGCCACUGUUUGGAAACAUUUCCCAAGGUUUUGGGAAGGUUUUCCCGAGGUUUUCCUGGGGUUUGGGAAGGUUUUUCCCAGGUUUUGGGAAUGUUUUCCCAGGGUUUGGGAACAUUUCCCAAGGUUUUCCCAGGGUUUUGGGAAUGUUUUCCCGGGGUUUUCGGGAGCAGAACGGCGGCAGAGGCGGCUCCGGUUCCCUGGGAAGCUCCGGAUCCCGGGAGGUGCCGAUUGCCGGGAGCGGCGGCGGGGCCGGAUCGGCCGGUUUGGGAUGUUUGUUUGGGAUCAACCAGUUUGGGAUGAACCAGUUUGGGAUGAACCAGUUUGGGAUGUUUGGGAUGUUUGGGAUGAGCUUUCCCGCCGUGCCGACUCCGGAGCCUCCGGAUCCGCCGGGAUCGGAGCGGCCCGGAUGGAACCCAGGGCUCUGCUCCCACUUUCCCGGUGGGAAUUCCCGGCAGAUCCUCCCCUGCCCCUUCUUCCAACCGGGACCCAAAAACCCUCCUGGAUUUUUGUGGGAUCCGAGCGAGGCUGGAAAAGCUCCGGAGCGGAUCCUCCAUCCCGGUGAUGGCACCUCGGGAUUGCUUUGGGAAUCCUGGGAGCCCCGGGAUGGAUCCAGGGGCUGCUCCCGCCUUCCCCUCCCCCUUCUCCCCGGCAUUCCCGGGGUUUUAUUCCCGGUUUUUCCUCCCUCUGCGUCUGUUUUUCCGUUGGGAAGGGGCUGGAAUUGUGUCCAGGACUGGAAUUGUCUCCAGGGCUACGAUGGGGCUGGAAUUGUCUCCAGGGUUGGGAAGGGGCUGGAAUUGUCUCCAGGGCUGGAAUUGUCUCCAGGGCUGGAAUUGUCUCCAGGGACGGAGCGGAUGACAGAGGAUGUGCUGGCCAUGUCCCUGUCCCAUUCCCUAUCCCAUUCCUGA